UCUCUCUCUUUUUUAAGAAAUACCGUGGCUGUCCGCCAUCGCUGCUGCUGCUGCUGACACUUUCUCAGAAGUGCCCCGAGGUGCCCGUCUCGCGACGAGAAGAACCAACCAUGUCAUCUGUAACUGAAAAAGAUGGUUCACUGUCUGCUGAACAAACAGAAGAAAGAGAACCGGAAAUUGAGGACAAAGUUGAAGAUAGUGAAGAAGAGGAGGAGGACGAGGAGGAGGAGGAAAAAGAAAAGAGUCUCAUUGUUGAAGGAAAAAGAGAGAAGAAAAAAGUAGAAAGAUUGACCAUGCAAGUUUCUUCAUUACAGAAAGAACCUUUUACAAUUACACCAGGAAAGGGACAAAAACUUUGUGAAAUUGAAAGAAUACAGUACUUUUUAAGCAAGAAGAAAACAGAUGAACUUCGAAAUCUGCACAAACUUCUAUACAACAGACCAGGCACAGUUGCUUCAUUAAAGAAGAAUGUGGGCCAGUUCAGUGGCUUUCCAUUUGAAAAAGGAAGUGACCAAUAUAAGAAAAAGGAAGAGAUGUUGAAAAAGUACAGAAAUGCAAUGCUGAAAAGUAUAUGUGAAGUUCUUGAUUUGGAAAGAUCAGGAGUUAAUAGUGAACUGGUAGCCAGAAUCCUAAACUUCUUAAUGCAUCCAAAACCUUCAGGCAAGCCAUUGCCAAAAUCCAAGAAAACACCUAAUAAAAGUGGGAAAAAGGAACGCAGUAGCUCUGGAACGGCACGGAAAGGCAAGCGCACUAAAUGUCCUGAGAUCCUGUCAGAUGAAUCCAGUAGUGAGGAAGAUGAAAAGAAAGAGAAAGAAGAAUCAUCUGAAGAAGAUAAAGAAAGUGAAGAGGAGCCACCUAAAAAGUCAUCCAAAAAAGAAAAACCCAAGCAAAAGACAGCUGUGAAAAGCAAAAAGGGCACAAAGAAUGCUUACGUCAAGAAAGCAGAUAGCAGCACAACCAAGAAGAAUCAGAACAAUUCCAAAAAAGAAAGUGAGUCAGAGGAUAGUUCGGAUGAUGAGCCUUUAAUUAAAAAGUUGAAAAAGCCACCUACAGAUGAAGAGCUGAAAGAAACAGUGAAAAAGCUUCUGGCCAAUGCAAACCUAGAGGAAGUUACAAUGAAACAAAUUUGUAAAGAGGUGUAUGAAAGCUAUCCCAGUUAUGACUUGUCUGACAGAAAAGUCUUCAUCAAAAAGACUGUGAAAGAGGUAAAUACUUGAUCAAUGGAAUAUCAUGUGAUGAUCCAAAUAUUAAAAGCUGCUCUUUAAAUUUGGAAAUGUUGGGUACCUAGGAAGAUCUCAGUUCCUGAAAUUCCACCCAAAGUUUACUCAUUUAUUAUGCUUAGUUUCAACUCAAUAAAUUUAAAGUAACUUUAAGAUAGUCCCCCUUAUCUAACGUUUCACAGUGUACCCUUAAAGGCCUGUAGUCCAUCCUUAGCCAUAUUUACUUGGAAGUAAGUCCCAUCAAUUCCCCUGGAACUUCCUUCCAAGCAAGCUGUUAAAAUGGCAGCCUUAGCAAUGUGUUUGUGGGAAGUGGGAUUUACAAAGUAGGUUAAAGAUUAAAAGUACACAAACUCUUCUCUUUUUAGCUCAUAUCAUGAUCUAAUGGGAAGAAAACGAAUGCUGCAGACUUGUUCCCGUGGAUUUAAAUAUUUUACAAACACCAGCAAAACCUUUUUUUAAUUUUUGUUUCACCCUUUUGGGUGGGCAUAACAUAGUAUUUAGUCAGGGAUGAUUCUACUGGCUUAAUGUUCUGAGUGUUAAUGGAAAUUACUUUAACUUUUAAAAAUUGCAUUUAAUGCAGUUCUUAGGUUUUUGCAUGGCCAUCAAUGUUCCCUGCUUUUACUUUGUACAUCAUGGAAUUUCUUUGUACAAGCAGAUUUAAUAUAGCUAUUGUAGGUUUUAGUGCGUUGUAAUGUAGAGAAUUUUUUAAAAAUCAGUUGAUACGAAAACUGUUGUAUCUGUAUGUACACAUGCUAAGACUGUCAAAUACUGCAGUAUUGGGCAUUACUUUUAAUUUGAAUACAUACCAUUCAUUCAGGAAGAAGUCACAUGUCCUGAUCAUGAAUGCUCUAAAUUAUGUUAUACUAUCUUGCAUGUGUAAGAUAUCUGAGAAUUGUGAAGAGCAUAGUAACUUGCAAAUUGUUAUUUUUGUACUUUUAAAAGCGUUCUGUUUGUAUAUAUAUGCUUAAAAACAGGUUGUCGGGUUUUUUUAAAAAAAUCAGUGUGUUUUAGAAGAUUUAUGACCAGUGUCAGUGUUCAGGAAUGAGGCUGAAAUUAAUUAGGAAACAAGUUUAACUAGCAUUUAAAAAGAUGGUGUUUCUUGCCUUAUAAGGGAAUAAUUGCACUCAUAUUUUUCAGUGUUUAACUUGCUAGAGUGGACUACAGCUAAUUUUGUUCCAAAGGCUUGACAUGAUACCCUACACCAAAGGGUGACAAACCUCUACCCUGUUGGUCUAAUUAGGUCCAGCAGGGGACUGCUUCCAAAUUAUGCCCACUUGCCCAGCCCCACACAUAACUGAUGUCAAGUGGGAGGCAGGUAAAGGUGUAGCCUUCACUUUGAAGUACAUUUCCCAACAGUUCUACUGAGCUUACAUACUGAAAUAAAUACAUAGGAAAAACCAAAACAGCUUUGAGAAUUGCAGUAAGUAUAAGAAUCUUCUCUGAAGGUAUGUGAGCUAAGUUCAUAUGCAAUUUUUGGUGUUCAGCUGUUCUAGAAUCCCUAUAAAAUCAAGCUCCCUUAUGGUAAGGAAUAACUUAACGAUCUUUGUGGUAUCCACUGGACAGGUUUCCUGUGUCUGUAUCCAAAAUUAGGCUAUAUUGAUAAAUGAAUAGGUGUUUAAAUGUAUUAAUAGACACCUGCUGCUUUGAUUCAGUGUAAGCUUUGAAAUUUAAAACCUCAGUUUUGCAAACAAUUGUUCAUGAAGUUUUAUUUAAUGAAAAGUUUCAUGAAACUUUUUGUUAAUGUGCACACAUGAUCAUGACUUAAAGCUCUCAAUAAAUGCCAAACAAGUAUGUGUCAUAAUGUGAAAUGUAACUAGCCCCCUCCAUUACUGUAUUGAUUAUAAGUUCUGCUAAUGUAUUGUUCAGGAAUCAAAAGUCACAGACCUAUGUUCUGAAACUAGUCGGCAACUAGUAAGCUGAUCAGUCUAUCAUUUUUACUGCUUUCUUUGCAUGUGAUCCUUUAUAUUAAGGCUGAGUGUAACUAAGUUUUGUAUUCAAUAAAUGUCUUUAAGAAAAAUGUA